UUCCUCCUUCCUCACCACCUCUCCUCCUCCUCCGCCGCAGCAGCACCAAUUCAAUCCUCCACCAAUGACAAUCAUGACCGCCGCCGCUCCUCACUCCUCCGCCGACACCUCCCUCACCAAAGUCUUCGUCGGCGGCCUCGCCUGGGAAACCCCCAAGGAAGCCAUGAAAGACCACUUCGAGAAGUACGGCGACAUCCUCGAAGCCGUCAUCAUCUCCGACAAGCUCACCGGCCGAUCCAAGGGCUACGGCUUCGUCACGUUCAAGGACGCCGAUUCCGCGAAGAAAGCGUGCGAGGACGCCACUCCGAUCAUCAACGGCCGCCGCGCCAACUGCAACCUCGCCGUCCUCGGCGCGCGCCGCCCUCGCUCCUCCUCCACCGCCGUCGCCGCCGCCGCCAAUCCGCCUCCUCAGCAAGGUGUGAAUGUUGGACCGAGAGCUGCAGCAUCGACUCCGCCGCCGCCACCUCCGCCGCCGCAGAAUCAUGUGCAGUGGUAUUAUCCGGCGGCGACUCCGGCCGCGGCGGCGCCUUUCCACCACCACAAUAACCACCACCACCAUCAAGCUGUUCCUAUCUAUGGAUACUCACCAACCUACAUUGCACCAGCUGACAUGAACUAUAAUCAUCAGAAGGUGGGAUUUACUGGUGGGUCCUACAUGAAUGGGCAUUUCGGUCAAGUAUACCCAGGGCAGGCUAUGGUGGGUGCAGGUGCACUGAUGCCGAUGUACCCUUACUACCAUUUCCACCAAUCACAGACAAUGGGCCUCCCUACCCAUUUAUACUGUCCAACUGCAGCAGGCCCAAUUCCAACUGUCCCAGCUCUCAUUUCUAAGCCCACUCCUCCUAAUGCAGUUUGCCUGGCUGUGGAAUAAAUAGGUGCAACAAUUGGCCAAAAAAUCUGAAGAAGUGGCAGAUAGAGAUGAAGAAAAAUAAAUGACAAAAUAUGGGAGAGUGUUGGCUGCUCAGAACAAAAUUUAUUAUAUCAUCUGCAGUGGCUCAGCUUUUUUCCAAUUUUAUUUUUAUUUUUAUUUUUAUUUUUUGUUUUGUAAUUUUAGGAAUCUAAUUCAUUCAUUAUUGUUACUAUUCUUAUUAUUACUAUUAUCUGUUUUUCUAACCUGCAUGAUGCAAUCUCAACUAGAGAAAAACAAUGCAACCUCUGUGAACAUGCAAUGAUUCUUCCCAUUUUUAGA